GCACACGAUCCACGUUAUUAUUUAUUUAAAGAAAGAAACCAUAAUUUCGUGACAAAAAAAAAAGAAAGAAACCAUAAUUUCCCCCACUCGGCUCUCCCAUAUGUAAGAGAGAAAGUAGCAUUAUUAUUGGCUUAAAGGUAAAGAACAGCAAAUCUGAGAGUAGACUUCACUCUUGAGGAGAUCAAAGUAACCCGUCUUGAAGAGAGUCAUGACUUGAAUGUAAAACACACACUUUGCUCUGUUUCUUCACUGGGUAAAACAGAUCUUCUUGGAUCGUUUCCUUAUGAUGAAGGGGAGAACAACCAACAAUGUCCAGUCAAAGCGAUCGACCAAGAACGGAAGAAAAGAUCAGAAGCUGCAGAAGAAGAAUAGCCAGAAAAGAUUGUCAGAACAAGAGAAACACAAGGACUUAAACGCUAACGAAGAUUCUAACAAUCUCCCUACAGUAGUAGCUAGUGAUUCAACCACACACUCAGAUCCAUCUGAGGCUUACGAGACCGUAGAUGUCCGUUACUUGGAUGAUGUAACAGAGAGUAAAGAGAAAGAUCACAGUGUAAAUGGAUCCAAAGAUGAUGAUGAUGAUGAAGAAGAAGAAGUUAAAGAUGCUCGGGAAGGUGUCAAUGCCGAUGUAUGGGAAGAUGCUUCGAAUGGUGCUCUUAGUACUGGAAGCGAGAACGAGUCCCCUGAUGUAGUAACAGAGAACAGUGGUGAACACUUUGAGGAAGAGAAGAUCAAUCAUCUCGAGACAAGAAUCGGGAGACUUGAAGAGGAGCUUAGAGAAGUUGCCUCACUCGAGAUAUCUCUCUACUCUGUUGUUCCGGACCAUUCUAGCUCCGCGCACAAGCUUCACACGCCAGCUAGGCGUCUUUCCAGAAUCUACAUCCAUGCCUGUAAGCAUCUCACUCGUGAAAAGCGUGCUAGGAUCGCUACGAACUCUGUUUCUGGUCUUGUUUUGGUUGCCAGAUCUUGUGGGAAUGAUGUUUCAAGGUUGACCUUUUGGUUAUCAAACAUCAUAUCUCUAAGGGAGAUCAUUUCACAAGCCUUUGGUAAGUCGCAUGAGUCAAAUGGUGAUGCAGAGAAGAAAGGUCUCCAAAAGCUUUUGGAGGAUUGGCAAGAAACUGAAACGUUUACUACUUCACUCGAGAAAAUCGAACACUGGGUCUUCACUAGAAUCGUUGAAUCUGUUUGGUGGCAGGUCUUUACUCCUUAUAUGCAAUCCCCUGAAAGCAACUCAUCUGAGAAGCAAGGAGCCUUUUCUAUUAGCCUGUGGAACAGUGCUUUCAGAGAAGCUCUGCAACGGCUUUGUCCUGUGAGAGGCGCGGGGCAUGAAUGUGGCUGCUUACCUGUUUUGGCUAGAAUGGUGAUGGAGAAGUGUAUCAGUAGAUUCGAUGUAGCUAUGUUCAAUGCUAUUCUGCGGGAGUCAGAACAUCAGAUUCCAACUGAUCCGGUCUCUGAUCCUAUUCUUGAUUCCAACGUUGUGCCUAUUCCUGCUGGAGAGUUGAGCUUUGGAUCAGGAGCACAACUCAAAAAUGCGAUUGGUAACUGGUCUAGAUGCCUCACUAAAAUGUUCGGCAUGAACAACAAAGAUGACGAUGAAAGUGAAGGCAGUGAUAGUAGUAAAGCUUUUGUAUUGUUAAAUGAAAUUAGUGAUCUUCUUAUGCUCCCAAAAGACAUGCUAAUGGAGAGUUCCAUUAGAGAAGAGAUAUGUCCAUCGAUCAAUCUUUUAUUAAUCAAAAGAAUACUCUGCAACUUCACUCCUGAUGAGUUCUGUCCAGAUCAUGUACCAGGAGCUGUCCUAGAAGAGCUCAACUCUGCUGACAGCGAUGGUGAUGGGAAGCUGCUAUUAGAAGAAAGCUUCCCUUAUGCAGCUUCCUCAGUUUCUUACACGCCUCCGUCGACCAUGGAUGUAGGAGAGAAAGUUUCAAAUCUUACAGGGAAAAUGUCAAGGAAUGUGUCUAUGAUACAGAGAAAAGGGUACACGAGCGACGAGGAGCUUGAGGAACUGGACUCUCCUCUUACAUCCAUCGUAGACGAUUCAAGUGACUUUACUGAUUCAGCGACCUCAAAUGAAAGAUACAAGCUUCUUAGACAAGUGUGGUUUUAGUUGGGUGAUUCAUUGGAAACCAAGUUAAAAGUGUAAUUAGUUUGUGUGGUUACUAUGAACUUAUGCCAUAUCCAGUAACCAAAAAACACAAAAUUUUGCCAAUUCUAAAAAUAAAUCUUUACCUAAUAACUGAAAAUAAAAA